AUGGGCUACCGUAAUCUGGUGUUGGCUGUACUGUUGCCUUUGGCUGUACGGGCAAUUCCGAUUGACAACGGUGUCGAGGGGGAGCCGGAAGUGGAGUGUGGCCCCAACUCGGUCACCAUCAACUUCAACACGAGAAACACCUUCGAGGGCCAUGUUUACGUCAAGGGACUUUAUGAUCAGCAGGAAUGCCGUAGCGACGAGGGAGGGCGACAGGUCGCCGGCAUCGAACUCCCCUUCGACUCUUGCAACGUGGCCCGUACCCGUUCUUUGAACCCCCGCGGAGUGUUUGUCACCACCACCGUCGUCAUCUCCUUCCACCCGCAGUUCAUCACCAAGAUUGAUCGCGCCUAUCGCAUCCAGUGCUUCUACAUGGAGGCCGACAAGACGGUGUCGCAGCAGAUCGAAGUCUCGGACAUUACCACGGCUUUCCAGACCCAGGUCGUCCCAAUGCCCAUCUGCAAGUACGAGAUUUUGGAUGGCGGCCCAUCCGGGCAGCCGAUCCAGUUUGCCACCAUUGGACAGCAGGUGUACCACAAGUGGACGUGUGACUCCGAGACCACCGACACGUUCUGCGCUGUAGUUCACACCUGUACGGUUGAUGAUGGAAAUGGGGAUACCAUCCAGAUCCUCAACGACGAAGGCUGCGCCCUCGACAAGUUCUUACUUAAUAACCUUGAAUACCCCACCGACCUGAUGGCCGGCCAGGAGGCUCACGUCUACAAGUACGCCGAUCGGUCCCAGCUCUUCUAUCAGUGCCAGAUCUCGAUCACCAUCAAGGAGCCGGGCAGCGAGUGCCCCCGCCCUCAAUGCACUGAGCCCACCGGAUUUGGAGCCGUCAAGCAGGGAGGAGGUGGAGGUGCGGCUGCCGCUCCCGCCGCCGCUCCGCCACGUCUUCUCCGCCGAAAGCGCUCGAUCGAGGACACUCUCGAUGUGCGCACCGAGCUCACCACUAUUGACAUCAACAUUGGCGCGAACAACGCUGCAGCUGCCCUGCUGCCCGCCCCGGCGGCGAUGACCGCCGCCGAGCCGAUCCAACGGGACGGCAUCUGCCUUUCCCCCAUCGGCUUCAUGUUCUUCUUGGCCUUGGGAGCCGGCGCGGCCACGAUGUUCUCGGUGCUGAUGUUCUACUUUAUCCGCCCGUGCAAGCACUUC